UAGCUUCUCCAUUUUAAGAACGCGUACAAAAAAAUAGAAACUUCGUGUUCCCGCCGCCCACUCUCUCUUUCCGCAUUCGUUUUCUCCUCAUUCUCUCUCGAUGUUUCUGUUCGUCAAAUCAAACUGCAAAGCAUAAAGUGAAAGGCUUUGUUUAAAGAGGAAGAAGACAAUUUGUUGCUUGUUUUAGUUUUGUAAAAAUGGCUAAAGCGAAGAGGCCCUCCUACAUAUCAGUUCCUUCUCAGAUAAUAAACUCUUUAUCGUCUUCUUCACUUCAAUCUCUCCUUGUUUCGCCUAAGAAAUCUUCAAAGACCAGCUUUAGUAAGAGGUUCAUUCUUUUGAGCUCUUUCAAGAGUCCCAAGUUUUGGUUUUUAACUCUGUUUCUUUUUGGCCUUUUUGGAAUGUUAAAGCUUGGAUUCGAUCUUGAUUAUUUGAUCCCUUUUUCUCCAUAUCCUUGUUUCACAACUCAGCAACAAGACUCAUUUUCAAAUGGGUACACAAAACCACUUUCAAGUUUUGCUUCAAAUGGUGAAAAACAUGCUCAAAACAGUCUCAAAGAUGAGUUUCCAAAUGGUAAUGGUAAGCUGAGUGUCGUUUCAAAUAUUGAGAAAGAUGAGAUUUCGAAAAGUGUAAGUCAACCUCAAUCAUCGAUUGCAAAAGGGUAUUCAGAGUCAGAUGAAGAUAGUGAGUUUUGGAAACAACCAGAUGGGAUGGGGUACAAGCCAUGUUUGCAAUUUACUAGAGAUUAUAAGAAGCAAACUGAAAGCAUUGUCAAGGGCAGAAGAAAAUAUUUGUUAGUGGUUGUCUCAGGUGGCAUGAAUCAGCAAAGAAAUCAAAUUGUAGAUGCUGUGGUCAUUGCUAGGAUUCUUGGUGCUGUUCUUGUUGUUCCCAUUUUGCAAGUCAAUGUCAUCUGGGGUGAUGAAAGUGAAUUCUCUGAUAUAUUUGAUUUGGAGCAUUUCAAAAAGGUUCUUGCCAAUGAUGUGAAAAUAGUUUCUUCAUUGCCGUCAACUCAUAUAAUGAAAAGGCCUGUGGAGGAGAAAAUAUCUCCGCUUCAUGUUUCUCCUCAAUGGAUUCGUGCACGUUAUCUCAGGAGGCUCAACAGGGAUGAGGUUUUGCUCCUGCGUGGGUUGGAUUCAAGGCUCUCUAAAGAUCUCCCUUCUGAUCUUCAGAAACUUCGCUGCAAGGUGGCGUUUCAUGCAUUGAGGUUUGCCCCUCCAAUUCUGGAACUUGGUAACAAGCUUGCGGAGAGGAUGCGGAGCAAAGGACCCUACCUUGCUCUUCAUCUACGAAUGGAGAAGGACGUUUGGGUGAGAACUGGUUGCCUUCCUGGUUUGAGCCCCAAGUUUGAUGAAAUAAUAUACAAUGAGCGGAAACGAAGGCCAGAGCUCUUAACUGCUAAAUCAAACAUGACUUACCAUGAGAGGAAGCUUGCUGGUCUCUGCCCCUUAAAUGCUAUGGAGGUGACCAGGUUGCUUAAGGCCCUUGGAGCUCCAAAGAGUGCUAAAAUAUUUUGGGCAGGGGGGCAACCAUUGGGUGGGAAAGAGGCCCUACUGCCAUUAACCAGAGAAUUUCCCAAUUUUUACAGUAAGGAGGAUCUAGCCAUGCCUGGUGAAUUAGAACCAUUUGCAAACAAAGCUUCCAUGAUGGCUGCCAUUGACUAUAUAGUUUCAGAGAAUAGUGAUGUUUUCAUGCCUUCUCAUGGAGGAAAUAUGGGCCAUGCAAUCCAGGGACACCGGGCAUAUGCAGGGCACAAGAAGUAUAUAACCCCAAACAAAAGACAGAUGCUCCCUUAUUUCCUCAACUCCUCUCUCUCCGGAACGGAGUUCAACAUGAUCAUAAAAGAGUUGCACAGCGAAUCCUUGGGACAGCCAGAGCUUAGAUCCAGUAGAGCUGGAAGGGAUGUUACAAAGUAUCCUGUGCCAGAGUGUAUGUGUAAUGUUCACACUCGCAUCCACUUGUGAUCUGAUAUCAAGGCAUAGGCUUCCAGUCACAACAAGAUUGCACCACAGCAGAUUGCUUCACUACCGUGAAUUUGAGCCUUGUGAAAACUAUAUACCUAUGGUUUUCAGGGCAAUGAGGGUUCUCUGGAGCACCAUUGCAAAGUGCUACGAAACGGAUCUCAGCCAGCAUGCUCCUGCAACUACAGCACUCACAUUAAUUCUUGCAUAUAAAUUCUAUAGGAAACCAUUCUUUAAUUCUUUAUAGGAUUUUUUUAAUUUCUUUCUCCCCGGAUGGAUUCUUCCCCAGUUCAUUCUGUAUCAUAUCAAUAUAACACAGAUGUAUACGAGUACAAAACAUAAUAAAGCAAUUUUAUUUAUUUUCAA